AAGAAGAGAAAAGAUCGCGCUCGGACGAAUGAUCACUCUCUGCUGAGAAACUGCCGCUCCAAUUGUUUAACUUGUUGAUGCGACGUUAUUCUACUGUUUUUCCUCUAUCGCCUGGCUGCAGUGACAGAUAGAUGGGUGGAAUCGCAAGUAUCCUCUACCGUGGAUAGGUAUUUCAUUAAACUCACCGUGGAUGCAGUUUAAAGAGCAGCCUUCCCUAAGAUGCAAUUCAUCUCUGAGCCAUAGCACUGUGAUAAACGGAGCAGGGUUGUAUUAAAAACACUAUAGGUCAGCAUGGCAGCAGGUGUAGCGGCAUGGCUCCCAUUCGCCCGAGCGGCGGCCAUAGGAUGGAUGCCCGUGGCGAGCACCCCGAUGCCCAUCCCUCCCCAAGAGAAGAAGAAAGGCCAGGACGGACUCAUCAUCCUCAACGUGAGUGGGACCAAGUUUCAGACGUGGCGAACCACUUUGGAGAGGUACCCGGACACUUUAUUGGGGAGCACGGAGAGAGACUUCUUUUUCCACGAGGAGACAAACGAGUUCUUUUUCGACCGUGACCCUGACAUCUUUAGACAUAUCCUCAAUUUCUACCGCACGGGGAAACUACACUAUCCGCGCCAAGAGUGCAUAUCUGCGUACGACGAGGAGCUCGCGUUCUUUGGGAUAAUCCCCGAGAUCAUCGGGGACUGCUGUUACGAGGAGUACAAGGACCGGAGGCGCGAAAAUGCCGAGAGGCUUCAGGACGACGAGGAGAUGGACAUGAGCAAUGACGUCACGCCGGUGAACCUGACUUACCGGGAGUUCCUGUGGCGGGCUUUUGAAAACCCGCACACCAGCACCUUAGCUCUGGUCUUCUACUAUGUCACAGGCUUCUUCAUUGCCAUAUCUGUGAUGGCCAACGUGGUGGAGACGGUUCCGUGUGGGACUAUGCCCAACAGGUCGAAGGAGAUGUCCUGUGGAGACCGUUACGCACUGGCUUUCUUUUGUUUAGACACUGCGUGCGUAAUGAUAUUCACUGUUGAGUAUCUCCUCCGUUUAAUCGCCGCUCCCAGCCGGUACAAGUUCAUGAAGAGUGUGAUGAGCGUCAUUGACGUGGUCGCCAUCAUGCCUUACUACAUCGGCCUGGUCAUGACCGACAAUGACCAGGUGAGCGGCGCUUUCGUCACGCUGAGAGUCUUCCGGGUCUUUCGGAUUUUCAAGUUCUCCCGGCACUCCGCGGGGCUGCGCAUCCUGGGCUACACCUUGAAGAGUUGCGCCUCCGAACUGGGCUUCCUACUAUUCUCCCUCACCAUGGCCAUCAUUAUCUUUGCAACGGUCAUGUUUUAUGCAGAAAAAGGCUCCACAGCCACCAAGUUCACCAGUAUCCCCGCAGCGUUUUGGUACACCAUUGUCACCAUGACAACACUGGGGUACGGUGACAUGGUGCCAAAAACAAUCGUGGGGAAGGUGUUUGGGUCCAUAUGCUCUCUGAGUGGGGUGCUGGUCAUCGCCUUGCCUGUCCCUGUCAUAGUGUCAAACUUCAGCCGCAUCUACCACCAAAGCCAGCGGGCAGAGAAACGACGAGCCCAGAGGAAAACUCGGCUUGCUAGAAUCCGUGCUACGAAGACUCGAGGCACUAAUGCCUAUAUGCGCUACAAACAAAAUGGGCUCCUGAUCGACUCACUGGCGGAGGCCUCCAAGCAGGCAGGACGAGCCCUGGUGGGGAAGGCGGCUAACCCUCCUUUUGAGAGCCAGCAUCAUCACCUGCUACACUGUCUGGAGAAGACCACGAAUCAUGAGUUUGUGGACGAGCAGACGUUUCAGUCCAACUGCAUGGAGAUCUCUGUGAUGAACAAAUCGGGCUCCCGUGCGUCCUCGCUGUCCUCGUCUCCACACGGACUCAGCUCGUGCUGCUCUCGACGCCACAGGAAGAAGAGCAGUUUCAGCUUGCCCAGCACAAACAACCAGGAACUCAGCACCAUACAGAUAAGAGAAAGGCCAGUGGCCAACAGCCGCUCCAGCCUGAAUGCCAAACUUGAUGAGACUGUGCCCUUGAAAUGUGACGAACCUUACAUCACUCCCUCCAUGGUCAGCCUAUCUGCCCCGGUGGUGACCUCAUCAGACGGCCACGGCUCCACCACCACCACUGCAUACUCUCAGAGCAACAUUGUCCGAGUAUCUGCCUUGUAGAUGUCAUGCCUAUCUGAUCAGCUAACUGGUCUCAAGAAGCACCAGAUGCUGAGGAGAGGGACCACCGAGCAUCAACCUGCCAUAAUCUAGAGGGAUUAUAAGAUUAGCAGAAGUCGGGGUUUUUUGAAGUAGUGAUCUCAUCUGAUGUCAAACUCUGCAUGGUAUUAGAGUGAUGAAUGGACAGCUGCCUUGGAAAUAAAAGCAAACCAGCAGAUCUUGCUCCAUUAAGCACAGCAGAGCAAGGAAGUGUUGGGAUUGCGUGGUUAUCGUUGUUGCCUAAAAAUACUGAGAAAAAACUUUAUUUUUGAAUAUGUAAUGUAGUUGUAUUUGUUGUCUUCUGAUUCAAAGGAGGAAAGGCAGAUGUUAAAGGUCACCCUUGAUGGCCUCUGAUGACAAAGCACACAUAUUCAUUAACUGAGGGCCAUCUUUGUGAAUAUUAAAUCAGUCUACUUACAUGUUAGAAUCAUUCACAUCUUUCACCACUCAGUUAAAUAGAUUGUUUUGAAACCCCUCAAUUAACUGGUAUCUAAUAAUCCCCCACACAGUUGUAAAUUCAGAAACAUACAUCCACUGGAAGGGAGAACUGUUGUGAAUAUUCAUGAACUGAUUCAUUAACUGGUUGAUGUCAUCGCUUGAUGAGUAAAAUAUACUACGCAUCCUGACAUGUUUGUGAAAUGUGCAAGUGAAAGUCAAAAUGACAAAAAUUUGUGUUAGCUUACAUAUUUGACAUUCUGAUAUGGAUCUUUGUGAAAUCCACUGUCAUUGAUUAACAAUUGAUAUUGAGAACUAUACAGGGUACAUAUUAGUUAGAUCACAAGGUAGAAAUAUAAGUGAAUGUUCUCCGCAACACUUAACUAAUACUAACCCUAAUGUGGACACAUACAAUUGACCUGGAGAACAGUAUGAAAGAGUGUAGAACAUUAAUCCCAUUAAGUUCCUCUUAAAUUAUAAUAUUCAUAAGCGAGACUUGGUAGAUUUCACUGUGUUAAAGGGCCAUUUUGUACAUUUUUCAUAUUGUAAAUAUCUCGGUUAGAACUUUAUCAACUGCAUUUGAAGUUGGCUCUUCUUAUUUCUAGAUUUAGUUGACAGUUGUUGGCAUACUAUUUCUGUCUGUUAACUGGUUGAAUUAAGGAUUUGCAUGCUGUCAUUGCAGAAUUCUGUUUUAUUAAAAGUAUGUCUCUUCUUGUUGGAGGUUUAUCAGUAAAAAUGAGAUUGAUGGAAGGAAACACAAUGAGGCUGGUAUGUUGUGAUGUAAAUUCUGCAACACUUUGCUUUUAAUGAAAUACAAAUCUUGUCAUGGAGUACAUAUAUAAGAGGUAAGGAAAAGGGACAAAUAAUCACACAUUGUGCAUUUGGUGCAGUGGAUAGAAUAAAUACUGUAGCUCUACUGAAACAUCCAUUAAAUGACCCAUGUCUUGUUUUUUACUAGAACACAAUUAGAUGGAUUUCAUAAUGUUUGCCUGAUUACUCUAAGAACAUCACUAAUAGCAGGAUGAGAUAAUAAUUAGGUGCUGCUGGAGAACAUGUGAGGACCUGACUGGCCCAGUGGUGGGUCUUGACUGCGGGGUCUCUGGAGAGAGACAAGCAGGCCUCAGUGAUUGUUUGACAGAAGACUCAGCAGCGUCCACCCGCUGAGCUGAUUGUGUCGGUCCAGGCUGCUUC